GUGCAGCGAGCCUGUAGAGUAGAGAGAACGAUAGUUUAGGACGGCGGGAGGGGUGAACAGUUUGUUUUGACAAUAAACCGCACUUGCGUAAAGUCCUCCUCCAGCCGGCGAAUCGCAUCAGUUCGCCCGGAGGGUCAUCGUCAGCAGCGGCGACACCCUCGGUGCCGUCAGCCUCGACCGUUUAGAAAAUGACCGGAGAGAAGAUCCGCUCCCUGCGUAAGGACCAGAGGCCGAGCAAGGACGAGGACUUACUGGAGCCGGACGAAGAAGCCGCCACCGGGACGUUCGCCGCCUCCAACAAGGCGAACAACAAGAGCAGGGCGAGUAAAAUCUUCAGCAACCACAAGUUAAUCAAGUCGCCAUCCACGCAGCAACAACAACAACAACAACAGCAGAACCAACAAUCGCAGUUUAAUGCUAACACAAACACACUGUCAACAUCGGAAGUUAUCGAUGACAACAACAAAAACCCCAUCAUCCAAACUGAGCUGGACUUCCCGGUGCAUGAGUGUGUGUUCAGAGGAGACGUCCGGCGCCUGUCUUCGCUCAUCCGGACACAGAACAUCGCCCAGAAAGACAUCCAUGGAAACACACCGCUGCACCUGGCUGUCAUGAUGGGACACAAAGAGUGUGCUCAUUUGCUCCUGGCCCACAAUGCUCCGGUGAAGGUGAAAAAUGCUCAGGGAUGGAGCCCCCUCGCUGAGGCCAUCAGUUACGGGGACCGGCAGAUGAUCACAGCGUUGCUGAGGAAGCUGAAGCAACAGUCCAGGGAGAGCGUGGAGGACAAAAGGCCCAAACUGCUGAAAGCCCUCAAGGAGCUUGGAGACUUUUACUUGGAGCUUCACUGGGACUUCCAGAGUUGGGUGCCUUUGCUGUCCAGAAUCCUGCCGUCUGAUGCGUGUAAGAUUUACAAGCAAGGCAUCAACAUCAGGUUGGAUACCACCCUGAUUGACUUCACGGAUAUGAAAUGUCAGCGUGGAGACCUCAGUUUCAUCUUCAACGGCAACGCCGUCCCCUCCGAGUCUUUCGUCGUGCUGGACAACGAACAGAGAGUCUACCAGAGGAUACACCACGAGGAAUCAGAGAUGGAGACGGAAGAGGAAGUGGACAUUCUGAUGAGCAGCGAYGUUUACUCCGCCACGCUCUCCACCAAGUCCAUCACCUUCUCCAGGGCACAGAGUGGAUGGUUGUUYAGAGAGGACAAGAC